CCGGGGCUGUGCGGGAGGCGGUGCCUUUGCUUCCGGUUCCGGUGGGUCUCGGCUCAGCUGCAGCUUCGGGAGGGCGGGGGAGAUGCUGCCCGCUCCCAGGGGGCGGGCCGGGGCCAGGUUCCUGAAACUCCCAUUUGCGGUGCGCACCAUGGCUGGAGAGCCUACGGUCUCGCUCCCUGAACUCCGUUCGCUCCUGGCCUCGGGCCGGGCUCGGCUCUUUGACGUGAGAUCCCGGGAGGAGGCGGCGGCUGGAACCAUUCCUGGGGCUCUCAACAUCCCGGUUUCAGAGUUGGAAACCGCCCUGCAGAUGGAGCCAGCUGCUUUCAAGGGUUUGUACUCCGCCGAGAAGCCAAAGCUGGAAGAGAAUCUCAUUUUCUUCUGUCAGAUGGGCAAGCGGGGCUUGCAGGCCACGCAGUUGGCCCAGAGCCUUGGAUACAAAGGGGCUCGGAACUAUGAAGGGGCCUAUAGAGAAUGGCUCCAGAAAGAAGGUUAGGUAGAAUGUGGCUUACUGAAUGCUCCCUCCCCGCUGCCAGUGGCCGCCUUAACUAAGAGUGAUGAAGGGGCUCUUGUUGGGUUGAGCAACUUCUUACAGUGCUGUGCAUGAAAAGCAGCAAAUAAAGAGCAUUUAAUCAAA